AUGGAUUCCAAACUCUCUGCAGAUGAGGGAGACACGGAAAGUAUGGACCUGGACAACGUGAAGGCACUAACAGAAAAACUGAAGUUAGAGACUCGCAGACCUUCUUAUCUGGAGUGGAAGAAGAGGUUGGAGAGCGAACCAUGGAGGGAUACGACAAAUCCAACUUUUUCACAGAAACAGGAACCUGACACUGCAGCUCCGCAUCGUAACAAUCCACGCGCGGUCGCGCGAAACAUCUGUGGUUUCGACACUAUUGAUGACGCAUUGCAGUUUCUCAGAAAAGAGUUGACGGAGAUGCAAGACCAGGACCACCACCUGGCCCGUCAGUUGAUCCGUCUCCGUGCAGAUAUCAAUAAGUUGAAAGUGGAGCAGGUUUGUGAGCGCCACAAGGAAAUGCUGGACGAUGCAACGUACGAGUUGGAGGAGUGCGGUGAGGAAUCCGAUCUCCUGUGUGACAUCCCUAUGAAGGCCACUUUCACUUUGUCCACCCCACUGAAACACCUGGGCCUCACCAAAAUGAACAUCAACUCCAGACGUUUCUCAAUGUGUUAA